AUGUGCUUGACAGAGCCACAGGACCAGGACCCAGAAGAUGUGGCUGGUGGCAGUGUGUGUAACCAUAUGUGGCUGGUGGCAGUGUGUGCCCUGGUCCCCGCCUCCCUCCUCCUCUCCCAUCAUUACCGGGAUCAGGCUGUGUCCCUCUGGAGGAGAGCUCAGGCCUGGACACUGUGGUUGGGCACAGGGCAGGUGCGGCCACAGAGCCUCCACGCCUUCGUCUUCAGCCAGUGCACUCACGGCCGAGUGGACAGUGUUCUGCGGACGUUUGACCUCUACCACAGCAAGUUUCCCUCUCUCAGCAUCGGAGCCACGGCCGGUGGGUGGAUAACUGUAUAG